UCCGUACGGCGACAUGGCGGCGCCCCGCUCCUUCGUCACUGGGGGCGGGCCGACACGAGGCACGCCCUUUCGCCCGCCGACCAGAAAACCUCAGCUCCGACACUGAUUCAGUUUUUUGGCGAGCCGUAUUUACUCUGUGGGCUGGUAAACCAGGAAGACAUUGCUUACCUACUGGAAGUGAAAAAACCCAUCGAGAAUGUCUCAGAAUCCCGACGAUCCAGAUACAAGUGGAGAAGGAAAAUCAAGCGGUUCAGAGCGCAUCCCCGAAGACCGAGUGGGUAACAACGACGAAUCCAUGCGGAAAAGGAUAAGGCAGAGUGCUUCGAAACCACACCAGGACCUUCUGCCUCAGUCCAGCCCGCCCCGGUUCGUGUCAGUGGAGGAGCUCCUGGAAACAGCUAAGGGAGUGACUAACAUGGCCCUCGCCCAUGAAAUUGUAGUCAACGGAGACUUCCAGAUAAAACCAACGGACCUGCCAGAAGACAGCUUGGAGAAGCGAGUAAGGGAGAUUGUCCACAAAGCCUUCUGGGAUCAUCUGAGUGUCCAGUUAAGUGAAAACCCACCAACCUAUGACCAUGCCAUCAAGCUUGUGGGGGAGAUCAAAGAGACUCUCUUAUCCUUCCUGCUCCCCGGUCACACGAGAUUGAGAAACCAGAUCUCCGAAGUCCUGGAUCUGGAUCUGAUAAAGCAGCAGGCGGAGAACGGGGCCCUGGACAUCUCACGGCUGGCCGAGUUCAUCAUUGGCAUGAUGGGGACCCUGUGUGCACCGGCUCGAGAUGAGGAAAUUAAGAAGCUGAACGACAUUAAGGAAAUCGUGCCCCUCUUCAGGGCCAUUUUUUCCGUGCUGGACCUGAUGAAGGUGGACAUGGCCAACUUCGCAGUCAGUAGCAUCCGGCCGCAUCUAAUGCAGCAGUCGGUUGAGUACGAAAGGAAGAAAUUUCAGGAACUUUUUGAGAAGCAACCAAAUUCCCUGGACUUCGUCACCCAGUGGCUGAAGGAAGCCGCGGACGACCUCGCCCGCCGGCUGGGCCGGGGGUCCUGCUCGGCCGGGGGCGACGCUGCCUCCCCCAAGGACCGUUCUGGGCUGGACCCCGCUGCCAUCCAGAACCACGCCUAUCUCCAGCUGCUCAAAUGGGACCACGGCCAGAGGCCUUUCCCCGAGACGGUUCUCAUGGACCAACCUCGCUUCCAGGAGCUGCAGGCGGAGCUGGGGCGGCUCACCUUGGUGGGCGCCGUGCUGCUGGUCACCCACAAUGCGGCCGCCCCCAGGCUUUCUGGCCUGCCGGGCUUCACCGGGAAGCUCAAGGCCUUUAUAAAGGUGCUGCUGACGGAAAUGCAUCAUUGCUCCGACGACACAAGUGAAGUUCUGGCCACCGUCGGGGAGAAGGUCUGCCUGGAAGUGAACAGCUGCCUCUCCCAGCAAGGAUUCACCCCCUUCAGCACCAACAAGGAGAUUGCGCUCAAGGGCCAGAUCCAGGCGGUCGCCCACACCGACGACCCCAUUCACAAGCUCGUGGACUCUCGGAUCCAGGCCUUCUUGGAGAGCUACCUAGCCUCGGGCUACCAGAAGUCGGUGCCUGCGAUUCCCGGAGGACUGGGGCCCGUUCAGAAGGAGCUGGAAGAGAUCGCGAUCAAGUACGUGCGCCUGGUCAACUACAAUAAGAUGGUCUUCGGCCCUUACUACGACGCGAUCCUCAGCAAAAUACUCAACAAAGGAGAGUCCCGCUCCGUAGUGAGGCUGUAAUGUGUGUGUCGCUGCAGCAGUGUUCAGCCAGUCUGCUAUGAGCACCUGUCCCCUCCCGUAACGUCGCUUCAGAAAAUGGCUUUCUAUUUAACACAUUCCUAUUUAACAGCGUAGACUCGGAAGGGAUACUGUUUACCGACGGAGGAGAAAAACGGAAAUCGGCCCAGAACUCUUCAAGGGGAUGUAUUUUAGAGGGUCGAGUUUAUAGGCCGGCGGCGGUUUGGGCUGAAACGAGAUGCCUAAAGGUAACACCGUCUCCUAAACCGCCGACCUCAUCCGAGACCUUUCUCUGCGUGGGGUCGUGGCGGCCUCGGGCCGGGGAUGCAGAAGGGAACGGGGACGGGGGGCUGGCAAUUCGGAAAGGUGCUCGGUUGUAGUUUCUGCCCUGGUCCCCUCCCCAUCCCCAGCUCCCGCCCUUCCUCGCAUCUUCUCCCGACCGUGCCGGCCGCCGUGGGCCCUCUGGGAACCGGAAUGUUCUCUGUGUAAAUUCGAGUUCACCCUCGCUCCUUGUCUUAGGAUGCUAAGGCUGGAACGGCUCCUUCCUAGGCCUGGCCGGCUCCAGAGUUUCUUGGGCUUGUUCCGAGUUGAAAGGAUGGCGAGAACAGUGCUUCCUCCUCUUUGAUUGAAAAGGCCGUCCGGAGCAGGGCUCAAAAUGAACGGGCGCCCAUGGAAGCUUAGAGACGGGGAACUUUUCUGGCCAGAAUCUCUUGCAGGGGAGUGGAGGUCUGGGCUGAGAAAGGAGCAGGGUCGGCCCGAGAACCUUGGCCGGGCAGAUGACAGGGUGGCAGCGCUUGGACUCGUAGAGGCCUCGUCUGACAAGCCAGUCACCUUCGUUCAGCGGCCUGCCUUCCAGUUGUGAUUGCGACUGUUGGUCCUGGCCCCGGGGGGGUGAGUCACCUCACUCACCCCCUUCCAAUUCUGGGGGCUUCUGGGCCCGACCCAUUCUGAACACCGAGGACUAGGCGGCCCCUGACCGCGAAAGCCCGCGGGAGCUGGAUUCAACCUCAUUGCUGCGUCCCGCGGGGCCCGAAAAGCGGAGUCUUCAAAAUUUGUAUUCUAAGGCAACUUCGGGUGGACGGGAAUGUGUUCACUUGUGGAGUGGGUGGGACCCCCCUGAAAGUAUCAGAUUUAGGUCUGAGGCCUCUUUCAGCCACAGCUCAUCCUUUGGGCUUGUAAGAAGACAUGUUACGAACCCUCUUGUGGAGGGAAAACAGUUUCCCCAGGGAGGAGGAGGGAAGUAUUAAGCCUGUUGGGAUCGGUAUCGAAGGCGUCCGACCCCUUCCAGCUUGAAGGGCUGGAGUGUGGCCAUCGGAUAGAAUGAAGUAGGAAAGAAAGACUGCUGCUGGGGGUGACUUACACCCCUGUGGCUACGGAAAGGCUGAGCCAGGAAGUCGGGUGAGCCUUCUACCUUCCCGCAGGGGCCCGGAGGAAGAACUGCUCACUAAAGAUAGCUCCUGUGAGUUCUGGCCCUGGGGCUACAAUCGAGUCUUUUAUGCCCAGGGCUCAGAGAAGCAGGGCCUUGGAAAUAGGUGAGGACUAGGGGCAGGAGCAAAGGAUUUCCAAGAUCUUUCUGUCCACCAUUCAAGCCCCGGCCGCUGCUUGCCCACAGGUGAGAGGCACCUUCGGGGUAUCUGUCUCUUUCCUUCCUUUUUGGGUUAAGGACGGAGCCUCAGAGACCUAGCAUCGGGGUUCAGGCGGAGGCCUGGUGGGCCUCCAGGAACUUCCAUUUGCUUUACUCUUCCUGCCGGCGUUUCCCGGUCGCCUUGAUUCCCUCAGCUGAUCCAGGGGCCAAAAGACCAAGGUGAGAAGGGAGUAGCUGGGAACUCUAAGCCCAGGAGGAGGUAACAAGCAUCGUGGAAGGUCUGGUUUCUUUUGGGGGCUCUUUAGGAAAUGGGCAAAUGGACCCAGAAUAGAGCACUUCUGUUUUGGAGGAGCCUGUGUUGCCCAUCACUAAAGCUGCAGCUUUCGAGCAGAGCCCUCCGGUGACCUUAGGCCUAAGGCUUUAUUUGCGUGCCCCAAGUUCGAGGUUCCACUUCUUUGGAAGUACUGGGGUCACCCAUGGAUGUUUAUAACAGAGUUUGUGUGCACGCGAACACACUUCCACACACCAGUCCCAAGAGCCGAGAAGUUUGGAAGCUUCCGUUGGGAAAACAAUCUGAUAUCGUACGGUGUGCGUAAGACUAGAUCCAAACAGGGAAAUAGCUAGGAGUUUAUCCAACAAAAUAGGAAUGCAUGCAUGUGUUUGCCACCGUCCCAGUGAGCAUUCGGUAGAGUAAACCUACGUGUCGCCACAUACAUAAAAGGCUUAAGUCACUUCAGGGCUUUUGUUCAAACAGGGAACCCCACACUGGAAACGAAUCUUCCCUUGAUGGGCUUCUCUUACUCAGCAAUGUCGGGCUUGUGGAUCCUAGAUCGGGAUCUGGGCCUGAGGGUCGAUACGUGUGGUUUUGGAGUUUGUGUAAGGCUUUUCACACCAUUUUAGUUGCGUUCAGAAACUGUUUGUGCCCCCUAUAAGCACCCCAGUCCUCCUGUUAUUUAGAAUAUUUAUAUUUUCAGUUCUUUCAGGCCAGUUUCCUCCACUUCCUGCCGUUCUUGGGCUUUUACUGUCUUGCCUGCUCCUUCACUUCAGCUAGCAUCCGCUCCUGUCUCUAUGGUUUCUUCUUCUCGUCCAGUUUAGAGGGCCACGGGGGGAUGGGAACAACCUCAAGGGGCGGUGAGUCGGUCUGAGAGGACGAGCCCGAUCUCAAGACGCUUGCGAGUGGAUCUGCUGUGAAUUGCCUUCGUAAUGGAGAAUUGGAUGGGGUAUUUUUGAGGAAGUUGGUUUGAGAGGGAGUUGUAUAAUCCUGCCCCGGCUGCUACCAUCCAGCGAGGCAGAGCUGCCGGCUAUGAUCUCUGGAACCAGUAUAACCACGGAAUCCUGUUCCCAUUCCCUCAGACCCCGAGACCCAGAGGUUGGCAACUCCAAGGCUUCUUCCUGAGAGAGCAGGCUCGGAAAAGAUGGAGUCGAACGCCGGCUGGCUUCGUGUUGUUAGGACGCAGCCGAAGUGACGUCCCAGGUCCCCCCGCCGCGAUGAUUUUUCUUGAAUUUGCAAGGAAAAGAGUCUAGUUAAGUUCGGAUGGUUCCAGAGGGGUUCAGGUCAAACUGAAGGAUGCUCUAGAACGGGAUAUGAAAACUGGAUGAUGCUCUAGGACAUCGUAGAGAAAGCCGGGAAAGAGCCAUUCGUCUGGUAGUCUCUCUCUAGUCCUCAUCAGCGCCAGGACCCUCCCCGAACCCCCACAGGUUUUCCAGGGAAUCUAGUUCUGUUUCAAUUUCCAAAGGUACAUUCAGUAUAUUCUCAGCGAUAUCUACAGGAAGUGGUUAAAGACAGGUAUUUUGCUCUUCUCCUCCCUCUUGAAACCAACCUCAACCCGUUGCAGCUCUUUCACGUGAAUCAGCUCCGCAGGGGAACUAUUAGAAAAUGUAGAGGAGGCAAAGUAGGUGGCCUUAAAGGAUUGAGCCACACUCAUGAGUCAGAUGUCGAAUCAUCUACUCCUCAUGGUACAGCGAUUUGUUUCGUUUGCCCAGGCCCCUUUAUGCUGUAGCACCUGGGUAGGGAAAAAACCAUCACAGCUACUACAGGUUGGCAGUUUGCCUUCUCCGUUAGACGCUCCCUUUUCUAAGAGAAGUUCCUCCCCUCUAGAUUGUUUGCGUCUGGAUCUUUGGGACCACUCCAAUCAGUCGUAUUUAUUGAGGGCCUACUGUGUCCCAAGCACUGUAGUAAGCGCUCGGGAGAGAACAGUGCCGACAGGUUCCCUGCAGAGGGUCUAGAGGGCUUGGGACCACUUGUGCCUUUAAAUGGGAUAGGGCAGGGACUUUACUAGGUGGCGUUUUUGUAGACUCCGUAAUAAACCACUGCUUAAACCCAACCUCCACUCCACCAAACUUCUAAGAGGAUAAGAAAAAUCCAAACUUAUCCUAGUGGACCUUGAGCUUCAAAGAUUAAUACUUAAUAAGAGACUGAACAUGCUAGUGACCUACGUGUAGAAACCAUUGCCUUGUGACAUGCAGAUUGGCAUACCAAAUGGAAGUUUAAUUUUAAUACGAUGGCGUGAGAGGUUUUAAAUUUCAAACGGAAGCCUUUUUAAGAUAUGCGUGUUUGAGUUUUAUCUUCGCAGGCGUAGCUGGAUGCUAAUCCUCUUUGUAAGCAAAAGGUACAGUUGCGUGUGAACGGAUUCCCUUUAUUAAUGUCUAUGUUGUUUCUUUUUGAGCGAGGUCUGCCUUUCGUUUCCCUACGUUUGGAACAUCCAUCAGCGUUUCACACACUUUGCCAGCAACGUACUACUUCUCUAACUGGCGUUCACCUGCAACUCUAUGAAAGUGUUACUUCUGCACUAGCUAAUGCCACGUCACUGUAAUAGUUUUGUACCUUGUAAAAAAGCUUUUCCCUCUUCGGCUACCUACCUCUCGUGGUCUCAAAGGUCUGUUGCGGUACCUGUGAUUUCUAUAUUUAUAAUUUGCCGUCCGUCCUGGAUUUGGCUCGCUCGAAACUACAAGUUUAACGUGCACGUUUGCGUUCUUUUAAAACGUCGAUGGAAAGUUACAGGACGUUCCGACACGCCUUCCAGACGUGUCCGUGAGAAUGAGGCAGUGGUUAAAGAAGCGUCUAAAGAGUACGCAGUAUUGUAUUAGACGGCAUCCCGAUCUGACGGGGCAAUUUGGGCAGCCUGUAACUGAGGCGAUACAGAAGCAGCAGUUGACGAGUUUCCACUGGCACGUAAGGGUGACUCUGCCUUGGAAGGAGGAUGGUUCCUUGAUGCUUUUAGUGAAUUUAACCCAACACGGUUAAAUUUACAUACCAUUAGGUCUGUAAACUCUUGGAGGUCGGGGACGCCCUCUCCCCUGAGUUCUUGUUAACCUUACUAUAUGCUCCCACAGGCCUGGUGUAGUGUUCUGCCCAUAACAGACACCCGCUAAACACAGUGAACUCCAAGAGAGUAAGGGGGGGUGUAAAAGCCUCCUCCAGGACAGUAAAUGAAAGACAAAAUGCACGCUUGUCUCCAUGCAUUGUUGCUCUAUUUAUUUCAAAGUGGCCCCGGUUGGGUGACGUAUGUACAUCAGAAUGCGUUGCUUAUAAAUAAAAGCAGAAUGAGGCAUGGCA